AUGUCAAAGAAUUUCUCUAUUGAUGCAUUACUUAACAAUAAUACUAAUCAUCGUGGAAACAAAAAUCUGCCAACAUUUUAUUUGAAUCCAUUAUUUCAAACUUUUCUAAACCAAUUACAACACGAACAAACUAAAACGAGUAAUCAACUUUCGAAUAGUUUAACAACAAGUGAUAGUGAUGAAGAUGAUAAUUCAUCGGUAUCAUCCGUAAAUAAAACAACAACUCGAUCCUCAUCCACGCGUCGCAAACGAACAGCUUUCUCCAACGAACAACUAAUUGAACUGGAAGCUGAAUUUCAACAAAAGAAAUAUUUAUCAUUGGGCGAACGGUCGGAAAUCGCUCGUUCAUUACAUCUAUCCGAAAUUCAAGUCAAAAUUUGGUGGCAAAAUCGUCGCGCCAAAUGGAAACGUAUCAAAGCCGGACAACUCCGACAAUUCUCAACUCAUUGUGAGGCAAACAAAAUUCUAUGUCCUAUACCAGUACACGUUAAACAACCUUUUACAUCUUAA